AAUCAAAACUAAUAUCACACAUCAUCUCAACAGCCAACAGAGGAGAGAUGAAGUGAGGAAGAGGAAGUGACCACAGGAAGUAGAUGCUGUAUUCAUGUUUCAGAAGCAGCAGGUUCGACACUUUGACAGUUGAGAGCGAGAGACCAAGAGAGAAGCACGAUGGCUGAAUUCAGAAGGAUCAUAAUGUCUUCAUUUCUGAUGCUGCUGCUGCUGUUUACAGCAGCAUCUGGUGAUUAUUCCUCCAUCUUUGUCAGAGUUGGAGAUGAUGUCACUUUGCCUUUUGAAAAUGUGACACAUGAUCAGAAGUGUGACAGUUAUACCUGGAUCAUGAGUUAUUCAGACUACUCAGUGUUACUGUUUGAACACGGGGAGAUUAUCAAAGAAGCCGGAGCUAAAUCUGACAGACUGAGUGUUACAGAGAAAUGUUCUCUGGUUAUAAAGAAGGUCACAGUUCAGGAUGUUGGUCUUUACAUCUGCAGACAGAUCAUAUCAGGACAACAACUUGGUGAAGAUGCUCUGUAUGAACUGUCUGUUGUUACCUUGACUGAACAUCACAACAAUGAUCAGGUGGAGUUAGACUGCUCUGUGUCAACAUAUGGCCAGUCUACACACAGAGUGGACUGGCUGUAUGAGGGUGAUGAGAAAUAUUCCAAAUACUUUGGGUCAACACCGUUUACCAGUUCAGUCUGGGUCACAAUUCCAACAGCUCACUUUAAUCGGAGUUAUUAUGAGUUAUUGAAAUGUGCAGUGAGAGAUGGUUACAAUAAGAAAGAGCAUCUGUUCACCUUCAGCCCUCCUCAGUCCUCAGGUGAGAAACCAGGUGAUGAUGCAACAACUACAACAUCACCAACAACAACUACAACAUCACCAACAACAACUACAACAUCACCAACAACAACUAAACGGACAACAGUGAACAUGAGCACAUCAGGAGGGAUGAAGGAAGCUGCAUCUGAAGACAACAAUAAUCCAACAGCUCUUUGGUGGCUCUGGCUCGUUGGCGCGUUGGUCGGUGUUGCAGCGCUCUUAAUAACCAGCGUGGCUGUCAUCAGAUGGAAGAAGACUAAAGGGAACAAAACACAGACGGAUGACAUCAUGGCGGAUCCUGAAGAAGGUGUUUCCUACGCCUCCAUCAGCUACACCAGGAAGGAGAACAGUAAAGCCCAGGUUCACGAUGCUGAUGAAGGAGAUGCUGUGACCUACAGCACUGUGAGAGCUGCAGCUGAUCCCAGCGACCUCUACGCCACCGUCAACAAACCAAAGAAGUAACAUGUUGAAUAUUAAAUUGCACAAUUUUUUGCAUUAUAGAUUUAGAAUUUUAAGGGCAAAGCUGGCAGUUAUAUUUAUAUCAAUCUUUAUCGUGUUGAUGCUUUUCUUGGGUUAAUUGCAGCAAAGUGAGAAUAAAGCACUGACUUUAUGGAAACAUGUGAGAGAGUUGAGACUCCCUCUGGAGGUGGAGUGUGAAAAAGUGGCAGCCAUAUUAAAUAUAUAAUGUAUUCUUAUUCUUAUUCUCAGUCCCUGCACGGGCAUAAUGAAGUUUUUAAAAUUCACAGUUAUUUUGUUGUACCAUUUAAGUGAAUAUUGCUUUUUUCUGUUAUGUUUUACUGAAUAAAGAAUGAGUUUAAUUGU